UUUCUGCUGCUGUUGAAUAAUCAACGCGAUUUAAUCUGUACAAAUAGCUGAUAAAAUCAUUCAACCCCAUCUACCUAUUGGUUUGAAUGCAGUCGUCAUUUUUGCUCAUGACUAGCGGCGCCCUGCUGGCGAGACGAAUCAGCAGUAUUCAGCGAUUAUCUGGAAGAACCAUGUCCGCUUUGAGGACCAGUACCAACCCGAGGAUUGCCAUCGCCCAGAUGCGAUCCACCAACGAUAAGGAGCACAACCUGAGCCAGGUGAAGACGAUCGUCCAAAAGGCCAAGGAUCAACAAGCUUGCUUUGUCUUCUUCCCGGAGUGCUGCGACUACGUUGGAAGCAAUCGCGAUGAGACUUUGAAGCUGUCGGAACCGUUGUCCGGUCGUACGGUGGCCGAGUACAAGCAGCUGGCCAAGGACAGUGGCCUGUGGUUGUCGAUGGGAGGAGUUCACGAAUCGAUCGUGGAUGACUCGUCGGCUGAUGGGUCGAUCAAAAACAUCUACAAUACGCACAUCGUUAUCGAUAACCGGGGCGAGUUGGUGUCCAGGUAUAGGAAGUUACACAUGUUCAACGUCGUUACGCCGGAAUUCAAGUUUCGCGAAUCGGAGACGGUUCGCUCGGGGGGCGAGCUGGUGCCACCGAUUGAUAGUCCAAUCGGCAAGCUGGGAUUGCAGAUUUGUUACGAUGUCCGGUUCCCGGAGGCGAGUACCCUGCUGCGCAAGCAGGGAGCCGAAAUUCUGACCUAUCCCUCGGCGUUUGCCGUAUCGACAGGCCGGGCCCACUGGGAGGUUUUGCUUCGAGCACGAGCCAUCGAGAAUCAAUGCUUCGUGGUAGCUGCGGCUCAGAUCGGCUUCCACAAUAAGAAACGCGAGAGCUACGGUCAUGCCAUGGUUGUUAAUCCGUGGGGUGUCAUCCUGGGUAAAGCCAGUCAGCAGGAUUUGGACGUCGUGGUUGUUGAACUAGAUUUUGACAAACUGGCGAACGUGCGUCAGAAUAUGCCGUGCUUCGAACACCGACGGGACGAUAUCUACAAUCUGUCCUACCGGAAGGGAACGGCCAGAUUGGACAGCUUUGAUAAAAAGUACAACUUUGGAGGGUUCGACAUCCCAAGGGAAACGGUUUUCUACUCAUCGGAGCUUUGCUUCGCAUUUGUCAAUAUUCGUUGUGUCGUUCCGGGACACGUUCUCGUCUCGACCAAGCGUUGGGCGGCCCGGAUGCCGGAUCUGACUCCGGCGGAAAUCAACGACAUGUUCCAGACGGCCUGCAAGGUGCAGAAGGUGGCCGAACGGCUCUAUGAAGGUUCGUCCUCAACAGUCACCGUCCAGGACGGCCCGGAAGCGGGCCAGACCGUCUUUCACGUGCACUGUCACGUGAUGCCGCGGCACGUGGGUGAUUUUCCGGAGAACGACCAAAUCUACUGCGAGCUCAACAAGCACGACAAGGAAGAGGAACGGCCGCGCCGAUCCCCCCAGGAAAUGCUAGCCGAAGCGCAGCAAUUCCGGGAGGAGUUUGCGCGAAUGGGAUUGUGA